AUGGAGGAAGCCAAUAAUGUAAAAAUUGUGGCUUUGCUUAUAAUUUGCCUCUCCGUUGGAGCUUUGUUGGUAAAAGCUGAGGAUCCUUACCUCUUUUUCGAGUGGAAUGUCACUUAUGGCACAAUUGCUCCGUUGGGUGUCCCCCAACAAGGUAUCCUAAUCAAUGGGCAACUUCCGGGGCCCAGGAUCAAUUGCACAUCCAACAAUAAUAUUGUUGUCAAUGUCUACAAUAAGCUAGAUGAGCCCUUACUCCUUACUUGGAAUGGUAUCCAACAAAGGAAGAAUUCAUGGCAAGAUGGUACCCCAGGAACCAUGUGUCCUAUCAUGCCUGGUACAAAUUUCACUUAUCAUUUUCAAGUGAAGGACCAAAUUGGUAGCUUCUUCUACUUUCCUACUACAAGCUUGCAUCGUGCAUCCGGUGGCUUCGGUGCCCUCGAUGUUCAUAGUCGUAACCUUAUUCCCAUUCCUUUUGACAAACCCGCUGAUGAGUACAAUGUCUUUUUGGGCGAUUGGUACAAUAAGGGACACAAAGCCCUGAAAAAGACGUUAGAUGGAGGACGCACCAUUGGGAGACCUGAUGGUAUUCACAUUAAUGGAAAGUCCAAUAAACUUGGUGACAAAGCAGAGCCAUUAUUCAGCAUGGAAGCUGGCAAGAUCUAUAGGUACAGGAUGUGCAACGUCGGUAUGAGGACCUCAGUUAAUGUCAGGAUCCAAGGUCAUGCGAUGAAGCUAGUGGAGAUGGAAGGAUCACAUACCGUGCAAAAUAUGUACGACUCUCUUGACAUCCACGUUGGUCAAUGUCUUUCGGUCUUGGUCACUGCUGAUCAGGAGCCUAAGGACUAUUACAUGGUUGUUUCUAGCCGAUUUUUGAAGCAAGCCAUCUCCUCCGUAGCCAUCCUACGUUAUGCAAAUGGCAAGGGAGUCGGAUCAACAUCAAUAUCUGAUCAUCUCCCAACACCUCCACCAAAUAACACUCAAGGUAUUGCUUGGUCCAUGAAUCAAUUUCGAUCCUUCAGAUGGAAUCUCACAGCUAGUGCUGCCCGUCCUAAUCCUCAGGGAUCCUAUCACUACGGACAGAUCAACAUUACUCGCACCAUCAAGAUUGUCAACUCGAGAAGCCAAGUAAAUGGCAAGCUUCGAUUUGCCUUGAAUGGUAUCUCUCAUAUGGAUAGUGACACCCCAUUGAAGCUUGUUGAGUACUUUGGAGUAGCUGAAAAGACUUUCAAGUAUGAUGUGAUGGGGGAUGAGCCUCCGACUCCUAGCAGCAACAACAACAAAGUGGUGACCAUUGCUCCAAAUGUGAAAAAUGCUACCUUUCGUAAUUUCGUGGAGAUUAUCUUUGAGAACGAAGAAAAGACUAUCCAGACGUAUCACUUGGAUGGAUAUUCAUUUUUUGCAGUAGGGAUCGAGCCUGGGAAAUGGAAACCUGAGAAAAGAAAGAACUACAACUUAGUAGAUGCAGUAAGCAGACACAGUAUCCAAGUGUAUCCAAAUUCGUGGGCAGCCAUAAUGACAACUUUAGACAAUGCAGGAAUAUGGAACUUACGAUCCGAUAUGUGGGAGAGAAACUACUUAGGACAACAAUUAUAUUUUAGUGUACUCUCUCCUUCACGCUCCUUGAGGGAUGAGUAUAACCUCCCAGACAACCAUCCUCUUUGUGGUAUUGUCAAGAGUAUGCCCAUGCCGCCACCAUACAAACCAUAGUAGCCUAAUACUCUAAUAAUUAGCAUCAAAGGUCUAUAUAUAU